AGUGAUCUUGCUGGGAAGCACGUCCAGCAUGAAGGUUGAGUAUUACGUAAUGCAGGUAGCCAAGAUCCAGCUCUCUUGGCGGCCCCGCGAUCUUCCCCGCAAUUUCUCCAAGAGGCUCGAUGAAAUCGUGAAAUCGCAACCGCUGCCGCAACUUCACAACAAUGUCGCAAAGCUUUAAUCAACUUCCCGAGGAACUCCAGCUGGCCACGUCAGCUCACGUCAAAUGCAUCCAAAGUUUGGAUUCGAGGAAAGAUGAAUAUGACUACUGGCUAACGGAACACCUCCGACUCAACGGGCUGUACUGGGGACUGACAGCCCUGCACCUCCUGGGCAAACCCGACGCCCUGCCUCGCGCCGAGACCAUCGACUUUGUGCUCUCAUGUCAGCACGAAAGUGGCGGCUUUGGCGCUGCGCCCGGCCAUGAUGCGCACAUGCUCUCCACCGUCAGUGCGGUACAAAUCCUUGCCACGGUCGACGCCUUUGACGAACUGGAGACGCGAGGGAAGGGCAAGGCACAGGUGGGGCAGUAUAUCGCCAACCUCCAAAACCGUGAAACCGGUACAUUCGCCGGCGAUGAGUGGGGGGAGGAAGACACCCGGUUCCUCUACGGCGCUUUCAAUGCGCUGUCGCUCCUCGGGCUUCUCGAUCUCGUCGAUGUCGAUAAGGCUGUCAACCACGUUGCGGCAUGUGCCAACUUUGACGGUGGAUAUGGCGUGAGCCCAGGUGCUGAGUCCCAUUCUGGGCAGAUAUUUACAUGCGUCGCCGCCUUGACAAUCGCCGGCAGGCAGGAUCUCGUGGACAAAGAGCGGCUUGGGCGGUGGCUGAGCGAAAGGCAGAUUGCCGGCGGCGGUCUUAACGGCCGGCCGGAGAAAAAGGAGGACGUGUGCUACAGCUGGUGGGUUUUGAGCAGCCUGGAGAUGAUCGGCAAGACACACUGGAUCGAUAAAGACCAGCUGGCCGCCUUCAUCCUACGCUGCCAAGACCCCGAGCGAGGCGGCAUCUCGGAUAGGCCCGGUGACAUGGUCGAUGUCUGGCACACCGUGUUCGGGCUCGCGGGGCUGAGCUUGCUCCAAUAUCCUGGGCUACAGCCCGUUGACGAGGUUUACUGCAUGCCCAAGUCGACAACGGCGCGGGUGUUAGGCUGAUGAGUAACAACUCAAGUUCUUUACCGCCCGAUAUCCAUGCCCGUUGUCUCGUUUACUCCAGGUGACUUAAAAUGUAACACACCUCCCACCUCAUCCACCUCUUGCCGUCUAUUACCUCCCAACAGUACUCCAGGCGUUGGGUAGGAAACAAACCGAGAGAACAUAAAUUCCCACUGGUUCCUUACCAUUCCUAGCUAUCGUACACUUACCAGCAUGGAGUUGGUAUGAUAUGGCCUUACCAUGGCCGCCAUGGUACGUGGAACAAGAAGCGCCCCUGCCCUCGUUUCGGACGAGGAGUAGCAACUCUUCAAGCAUGAGCCAGAUGAAUUGCCUUCUGCCGAACCACUUGUGGAAAAGAAUAUUGGAGUUGCCCGGCAUUCUUUGAAGUCAUGUGGCACAUGGGUCGUAAUUAACGUUGAGACAUACAUACAUAAGCCAAUGAGUUGGGUCCAAUGCCCUUUGUAAAAGCCGGUCGUGUCCUCAAUGAGCUUCACAC